AUGAGCGAAGAAAAAACAAAAAAUAUAAGUGAUAAAAUUGUUGUUGGUAUUGACCUCGGAACAACUAAUUCGUGCGUUGCCAUCAUGGAAGGAAGGAAUCCUCGAGUAUUAGAAAAUCCGGAGGGUAAACGAACUACUCCUUCUGUAGUAUCAGUUGAUAAAGAAGGAAAUAUUUUAGUAGGGGAAAGUGCAAAAAAUAACGCUGCUUUUAAUCCAGAUGAAACUAUUUUUUCUAUUAAAAGUAAAAUGGGGACUAAGGAGAAAGUUAAGCUAGGCGGUAAAGAUAUGACCCCCGAGCAAAUAUCGGCCAUUAUUUUACGUUAUUUAAUAGGUUAUGCCGAAGAGAAAUUAAAGAGUGAAUUGCAAGGAAAAAGUUUGGCAAGGGUGGUAAUAACUAUUCCAGCUCGUUUUGAAGAUGCGGCUCGGAAAGCAACUGAAAAUGCGGGAACAAUUGCUGGUUUAAAAGUCGAAAGAAUUAUUAAUGAACCAACCGCUGCUGCUUUGGCUUAUGGACUUGAUAGAAGCGAAAGAGACCAAAAAAUCUUAGUUUAUGAUUUAGGAGGAGGAACUUUUGAUGUUUCAGUUCUCCAGAUUACCAAAGGAAAAGAAGGUGCAACUUUUGAAGUUAUUUCCACAGCAGGUGAAAAAUUAGGGGGUGACAAUUUUAAUCAAAGGAUAUUUAAUUAUGUGUUAGAAGAAUUUAAGCGAAAGAAUAAUAUUGACCUUCUUGCUGAAAUUAAAGAAGAAGCGAAAAACGAAACUAUACUAAGGUUAAAGGCAGCCAGUGAAAAAAUUAAAGAAAAAUUGUCGGGAAAAUUAACUGAAAGAUUUGCAGAAGCUUAUAUUCCUUUGAAAAGUGGCAAGUUAGUUAGCAUAGAUAUUGAGAUUACACGAGCUAAAUUUGAGGAUUUAACUAAAGACUAUAUGAAAAAAACUCUUGAAAAAGUGGAGGAAGCGCUUCGUGGAGCUGAGAAAAAAGAAGGAAAAAAAAUAGAAAUUGAUCAAAUAAUUUUGGUGGGAGGUUCGACUCGGAUGCCAAUGGUAGAAUCUCUUAUUAAAAGUCGGUUUGGUGAGAAAAAAAUUAAUAAAUCAGUUAAUCCGGAUGAAGUAGUUGCAGUAGGUGCGGCAGUACAAGGAGCUAUACUGCGUGGUGACAUUAAAGAUGUACUUUUAUUGGACGUUACUCCGCUUUCAUUAGGGAUUGAGACCGAGGGAGGUAUUUUUACUAAGUUGAUUGAAGGUAAUACUACUAUUCCAACUAGGAAAUCUGAGAUUUUUUCUACCGCUGUAGACAACCAACCUAGCGUUUUUAUUCGUGUUUAUCAAGGAGAAAGGGCUCGAGCUCAAGAUAAUAAGUUAUUGUCAGCUUUUGAAUUAACGGGAAUUGAGCCAGCACGGCGCGGUAUUCCACAAAUUGAAGUGAUUUUUGACAUUGAUGCUAAUGGGAUCGUUUCAGUUUCUGCUAAAGAUAAAAAGACCGGUAAAGAGCAGUCGAUAGUUAUUAAAGAUAGCCAAAGUUUAAGUGAGGAGGAGAUUAAAAGAAUGAUCAAGGAAGCGGAAGAAAAUCGGACUAAAGAUGAAGAGUUAAAAAGUAACUUGGAAACGCUGAAUCGAGCUCAGGCUUAUUGUUACACUUUUGAAAAACAAAUUGAAGAAUUUAAAUCUCACAAAAAUUUCAAGGAGGAUGACCCUCAAUUCCAAGAAUUUAAGAAGUUAUAUGAAGAUUUAAAAAAACUAACUGAAGAAAAGAAUUAUCCAGAGUUGAAGAAUCAACUAAACAAAGUUGAUGAACUAAUGAAACUUUCUAACGAAUUGAUGCAAAAGAUGCCAAAAGAAGGUAAUGAUGAAGAGGUUAUUGACGUUGAUCCAAAAAAAAAAGAUGAUGAUAAAAAAUAG